AUGGCCGAAACAGUUAUCCCGAUGGUCCAAAGUCAGCGUCAACGCAAAUUCCACCGCAGGUCGCGAAACGGCUGUUCCACAUGCAAGACUAAGCAUAUUCGGUGUGACGAAAGAAAACCACUCUGCACAUACUGUCUUCGUCAUGGCGGAGAGUGUGGCUACCCGGAUGAAGAGAAUGCCGCGGAGGCUAGGCAUAGGCUCAAAUCUCGAAUGGGGUCUGGGGAGCCUCACGAAUCUACCGAACCCUGCCAGCGCUUGGUUGGCACUAGCCUGAAUGACCAAUUCCUUGGAACUUCGUACGACGUACCCUACAGAUCACGAUCGCUCUUCCAACUCUUCACAAAUACGAGAGUGUUAUAUACAACUCGCGUUAAAAGGAACUCCAAUUCGUUCAUCGUGCACAAAGCCUUGUCGCAUCCGGGGUUCCUCCAUGCGGCGCUGCUAAUGACAGCCCUGCACUGGGCGUGGUCGACUGGCGAUGUCGAGCAUUCUCGAGUCCCCUACCUCUAUCACAAGCUGCAAGCAAUACGAUUCGUCACGGAUCAGUUAAUCAACCCGGACGCAGCUAUCCACGAUGGCACCAUCGCAGCUGUAUCAAGCCUCGCUUUGGUUGAAAAUGCCUUGGGAUCUGUAGAUGCUGUGUCAUCUCAUUUACGCGGUCUAGCGAAAAUCAAGGAAUUGCAGGACAAGGAGAGACGUCCUAAGAAGAUGGGGCUACUUCAGCGUAUGAUUUUGAUGGCAGCAAGAAGCGUAUCUAGUCGUCCCGUUUGGGACAUCUUGGAUAUUAGUCGGACAGACUUUGUACACCAGUCCAUGAUCAUAUCGCUGCUUCGAGUUGCACUUCGGCCAAUUUACAGCCUGUACAUACUAGGAGGUUCCUAUGAUUCCGGGGAACUGCUUUCCGAAGUCUUAGCAAAAAAGGCACCCCAGGCAAGAGAUAGCAACGCCCUGGCGCCGCCGAGAUCGUUGGAUUGUAGCAGGUCGGGUUUUAUGGCCUGCUACUUUUACCUCUACAUAAUCAUGCGCGAAGGCACAGUCGAUUCAUUUAUUCUCAAUUGGUUCAUUGAGCAAUUGCUAACAGAUGUCUGCCGGACCGAGACACCCAUGCAAAAGGGGCAAUACAGUCAGUCGCUUUGGUUUUGGUCCGCCAUGUUUGGCGCGUGCGCCACGAUGGCCGCCAAGACCACCGACGACCUGGAGAGGAACCAAAUGAACGUAGUGCGAGAUAUAUACCUAGAUAAGAUUAACCUCGGAAGUCAGGUGCUGAGGAUAAAGAAUUGGGAAACUGCCAAGUCAAUACUGAGGCUAUUCGCCUGGGAGGACGACUUCGACGGAGAGUUGGAGAUGAAGGCUGUUUGGGAAGAAGCUGUGUGGGAAGAUGACAGAAGACGCUUCAGACGGCGAAGUCCAGAGAAUACCGAAUAUCAGGACACUUGGUGUUGCUGGUAA